GCACUCCACCCCCUGUCCUGUUUGGCGGAAAUAAAAGCGGCCACUGAUCCCACGGCGCCUCGGAGGUGUGAGAGAGCAGAGCUAGUGGAUGUCAGAAGCCCCACAGCCAAGGGCCAAGGGAGCCACCCCAGCUGCUCCUUCAGCUCCUAUAAAUAUCCCAGAGAGACAUUCAGCCGAACCCUGGCAGGCCAGACUGCAAAGGCUUUAUUUCGAUGGUGUAUUUUUAUACAGCUGGGCUUUUUGACGUCUCUUUAAGGAGCCCCAGGACUUAAAAGGCACCGCGCACUGACCCCUGGUCAGUAGCUGUACACAGAAGCCGGCCCAGAUAUCUCGACCGCCCCACCGCCAUCGCGUUGGAUUUUCGUACAAACAUCCUCUGUUCCCAGAAGCCAAGGUUUCAAUGUCUGCUGCGCUCAGACGUAGAUUUGCUGAUGAAUCCGCUUCCCAAAGCGCUUAUCUGAGAGCGAGUGCAUUUCAGCUGGCUGGGAAGUCGGUCUAGAGGGCAGGCGGCCUCACAUGAUCGCUCACAUGCGCACGAAACCAAGGGCAUUUCGGCGUUGGCAAUUAGGCCGAACGGCAGGCCUUCUUAAUAGUGACGGGAAGCGCCUGACGUGGACCUGUGAGAAGCCUGUCUGACUGAGCAGAGGCUCGACGCAACACCAUGCUGUUAUGGAGCCUGAGAACAGAUUAUAAACCUCAGUAGAAACUCAACUGGUGGCCAAGCGCACGCCGCUUAGUUUAACAGAAAGCUUCCUUUCUGAUACAAUGAUUAAGAAAUCCAGAUCUUGACUGUAGUGUGAAGCAUCAGUUAUUUAGUAUAAUUUACUGCAACAAGCACUAACUGGGAUGUAAGCUUUUAAACUUCUAAACUGUUCUGGAAGGCUAAAUAAUUUGUUGUCUUUGUUUAGUAGACACCCAAUUUUGGGUUGAGAAGAGGACUGAAGAGCCCAGUGGUGACAUCACUCUGCUAGCACAGGAUCACUGGAACAGUCCCACCCAUACAAUGUCCCACACACUGCAGUGCCGCACUGCAUAUAUCAGUCUCAUUUUAAGCUUUGGGGAGGUCUGCUAAACCAGCAAAUAAGGCCGACCAUCUGAGCUCCAGUGCUAUAGAUGCUUUGGGGUUUGUUUGGUUGGGGAAACAAAAGGACACUGAAAGAGCUUGGUUUCCCUCAUAUUUACUUUUUUUAAAUAAUCAAUUAAAGCUCCUCCUUAAUCCCCUUGAUCAUUUCAAAUCAACCAGAAGCAAAUCUGUGCAAAAAUCGCUACCUAGUAAUGCUACCACCGAUCAGUGAUUGAAGACAUUAAGACAAGUACAUGACAUUAAUGUCUGAAAGAAGAGACCAAUGGAGAUAUGGGCUCCUGUCACCCCUGCGUAUCGCAUGGCUGACUUUCCAAAGAGAAAAACGAUUGGCUGCUCAGUAUGGGUGCAGACACACUGUCAUUGUUUCAGCUUAGAGAACUGAACAGUACUGAGCUUCUGCUGAUUGUUCAGUUAAAUUAAAUUAAAUUGAAUGCCUGUAUCUUGCAUGUCGUCUAAACACCUCCCAGGUCAUACUGUUUGCUCAAAUACCAUGUCCCUCUUUUAAGGGUGAUGAUGUAUAGGGCAACUUUUUGAGCAAUAUUGCCGGGCAAGCAAAGGUUGCCUGGGCACUUUCCCAUUGAUAUUGGGCAACAAACUGCCAUCUGAAAUACUGCGAUCUCUAGAGUGCAACUUUUUGCAACGCUCCAAAUGCAGACACGCUGCCCUCACACCUUGUUGGCAACUGCGUGCAACAUUGGUCAAGAGGUUGCCCUGUGUAUCAUCGGCUUAAGACCACAAUCAGCAAAGAAGAAACAUUGUCCUGAUUUGGCCUUGAAGAACCGCACAGGUAAGUUGCAUUACACAUCUUCGAGGCGCAAGGUAAGAAACAUGAUCUGAGUGCACAAAAUAUAGAGGCGAUUAGAAAAGAUCAUCCCGGAUGACUGAUCUGCUGUUAGCACUAACUCGAGAACAGGCUUCAAAUGGAAACCAGUUGUGGACCAGUUUGGUUCAGAACAAAGAUGGCAUUUCAUUACAGGACUGGGAGUGGAGGGUUGGAAUAACCUUUCUAUUCUCAUAGCUGAAGCGUUGUGCACAGAUAUUAGUUAAACACCUAGAUAUCAAAUAUCUGAAAGAACAUAUGAGAUGAAAGACCUCCUUUCUCACGUCCUGAAGUAAAAAGCAGCCCUGUCAAGAGCUUACGAAGCCAGACUAUGUCAUUUACUGAAAAUGCUGUUACGGUCACAGUCGCAUCAAGUAGGUGGAAGGGCAGCAUCCCACGUGUGAUCGCACGGGUUCACUGUACAAUCCAUGUCGCAAUGUGCCCCCAGAGAGUCAUCCAGACAGUCUGGUGCCGGGGGAUCAUAAAAGACGAGUUUCAGGUCCCCUGAAUGGUGACUGUCCAGCAGACCACAGAAACCUGGAGGACUUUGCAAACAGUUGAACAGGACACCAUACAGGAAGUGUUCGAUGCGCUGCAAUAAAUGUGAGAUAAGUGUGAAUAAACACAGAAACCCAGCUCGCCUCAUGACCACUGAGAAGCGGAACGGACCACCGUCACUCGAUCAUGCCUAUCACCGCGGCCUGGCGAGGACAAGAUAUCAGCCCUGAAGGCCAGCUUCCUUCCGUGAGUCCAAAUGGGUCAGAAAAAAAUAGGUAAAUCACUUCAGGUUCAAGCAACUGAUCGGGGACAGGUUCCGCUUUUUGACGGACGAUGUAAGAUUCUACCCAACUGUUUUAUUAAUUACUGCAGUCCACCAUAUCUCUUAAUGAAACUAACCCUUCACAAAAAAGUGGAGAAAAUGCUAAGAAACUGCUGCAGAUUUGUGCGAUUAUUAACAUGAAUAAGGUAGGCAAAUGUGGAAGCUUCGCCAGACAGCCAUGACAUUUUAGUUCACUAAGCCUGAGUGCAUUAAAACGGUUUUGCAGAGGAACUGCUCAAUUUGGAAGUGAAUCACAAGGAGGGGGCAGCGAGGUGAAGCCUGAGGAACGUGGGCGAAUGCAGGUACUGCCUCCGGAUCCCAGCGCGACUUCCUGGUGGGAUUGGCGGCGCUGAGCCCCCAGCAGAAACCGACGAGACCUGGAAUCGCAGCAAUCCGGAGCCCGCUCAGACUAACCAGCCCCUAUCUGUCCCCGUUGCCAGACCUCCAGUUGCUGCCCAGAACGAUGUGUCGAUGAACCUGGAGAUCUUGGCACACGUGUCCUCAGCUGGAGAUGAGAGACACAAACAUACUCUUUAACAGCGGCACCGCCCUCCCCGCGGCCGGCGAAAGAGAGAAUGCUGUGGGUGUCUGAAGAUUCCGCAGCUCAUUACGCCAACACCAGCAAAGCCACUCAACCGCCCCAGCAGGCAUGCCGGCCGCCAGCCGCUAAGUUCGCCCCGUGAUCCCGGGCUUGGAUGAGACCCCAGAACAACCGGACAAUGUCCGCCGCCAGCCUGGGCGCCCCGGGGAUACGCCUGCCGCUGAGGAGCGCCUUCGCGCACGGCAGCCGCUGUCACGGCGCGGACGUCGCCGGGUCCUGCUGGGAACAGCAGCACCACCUCAACAACUUUUGCUUCGAGCUGGAUGCGGUUCCAGCGGAGUGCAGGCUGAAACCGCAGCAACGGGUCCCCGUGUCUGACGCCUUCGACGGACAGUCGGCUCUCCCCUGCUCACCGCAGAGCCCUGGUGCCCAACGUCUCCCCCCCAAGAAGUUCCGGCCGUCCCUGCUCAUCCUGACCCCCAGCCCCGAGCUCUCCUCCCUCAGCUCCCCCGAAGGUGACCAGGUGGUUCCUUCCUUCCAGCGGUUGUCUGUGUACGAGCACGCCCCUCCUCUGACGUCGGGCCGCGGUACUAAGCCCCUUCCGCCGCUUCCCGGCCCGGUGGACCUCUCCUCGGACGAGGCCAUGGAUAACGAGGUGGAGUUCUUCACCAGCACGGACGAGAGCCAGCGGCUGGUGCCAGAGUCGUGCGCCAAGCCCGUGGGCUUCCGAUACGGUGCCCUGAGCCGGCGCAGUUUCAGGGGCUGCGGGCAGAUCAACUACGCCUACUAUGACGGGCCAAGCGGAGACGGCGUCCCGGAGGAGGAGGUGCCAUCAUCUCCUCAAGCAUCGCCUCCCGUUACCAGGCAACCGGCCACCCGCGAGGUGCCCAGGCAGCACGAGCGCCCCCAGCGGAGGCUGCGACGGUCCCAUUCGGGUCCUGUGGGCUCCCUGAACAAACCCGCCGGCCUGCGUCUCUCCUCCACAAACCCAAGCACCCGCGCCCAAGACAAACCAGAGGUGCCCCCGCGGAUCCCCAUCCCGCCGCGACCAUCCAAGGGCGCCGACCUCCGCCGCUGGUCGGCCGAGGUGCCUUUUGGGGGCUGCAGUGACGAGGACAAGCCCCCCAAAGUGCCGCCAAGGGAUCCGCGAUCCUGCAGCAGUCCUCGGACUCCCAGCCCCAAGAGUCUCCCCAUAUACAUCAACGGUGUAAUGCCCGCCACCCAAAGCUUUGCCCCCAACCCCAAGUACGUGAGCCGGGCCCUACAGAGGCAGCACAGCCUGGGCUCGCAGACUCCCCACUCCCCCUGCAUCCUACCCAUCAUGGAGAACGGCAAGAAGGCCAGCACCACCCACUACUUCCUCCUCCCCAAGCGCCCUGUCUACUUAGACGGGGACAAGAUCGACAAGUUCUUUAAGGAGACGGACAGCGAGAGCGACAGCCCUUCGAGCCUAGACUGGGAUUGCGAGGCUCGACAGAAAGCACAUAUACACUUGGUAUAGCCUUAGACAGCCGGGGGGGGGAGUGAAAAAGUCAAAGAAUACGAACGACAAACGGUGCCUGAGGACCUAAACGUAUAAAAUACUCACAGCUGCUCUCUUUCUCGCACCAUUAAGGAUCUCAGUGUCUAACUAUGUUAUUUUAUUUUAUUAGAGACUAAAUGUGGUAUUAAAAAGAAACUUUCCACACAGCUACUUAGUUUUUUACCCUUUCUGUUGGUUUACUCAGUGGGCUAUUUUGAUCUAAAAGUCAAACACAAGUGACAGAUGUAGUAUAUGAGUUUGUUUGUUGCUCCGGCAUCUCACCCGUGGCCAGUGAAAUGGACCGGAAACGGCUUUGGCUGUUCUGUUCUUAUCAUGACUGUUUUCUUUUUGGUAUAGAAGCUGUUUUUUGUUUUGAGGUGCCACUGAUAUGGUGGAGUCACAGCUCGAGCUGGACUUGUAGCUGAUGUUUGGUACGUUGCACUUCGCAGAACAAGGCGUGGAUAGUAUUUCUUCAAGGUGCUUUGUCAGCUCAGACUCGCCAUGUACGAGGUACUUCAGCAAGCAUGGCUGCCAUGCAGGCAGCACACAGAGGGUGGCCUCUCCAAAGCACACUUGUCACUGUAACCUAAUAGCAUAGGCGGUGAUGUUAAAUAAUUCUCCAAUGAAGGAUAAAUCCCCUAAUCCCUUAAGACAGUGUUUCCCAACCAGGGUCUUCGGGGACUCCCCCCCCCCCCCCCCCCCCCCAGAUGCUACACAUUUUUGCUCCCUCCCAGCUCCCAGGGAAGGAGCAAAAACGUGGACUGUCUGGCAGGGAGCAAAAACGUGGACUGUCUGGCAGGGAGCAAAAACAUGGGCUGUCUGGCAGGGAGCAAAAACGUGGACUGUCUGGCAGGGAGCAAAAACAUGGGCUGUCUGGCAGGGAGCAAAAACAUGGGCUGUCUGGCAGGGAGCAAAAACAUGGACUGUCUGGCGGUCACUGAGAACCGGAUUGAGAAGCACCGUCUUAAGUGUCUCGUGAUGUGAAAAAUCAAGCGCGUAUUGCAGGUUUGCUAGCCUUUUUUUCUGUUCAUCAGCUUCACAUUAAGGUUACUGUACAUGUAUGUUUCACCUGGUGAAUGUAUAGCGUGCGUUGGACGAAUGCCGUGCGGGAGCUGGGGAGGGAGCGUUUUCCCGUGUUUCUGUGAUGACAGCUUGACCUAAGCAUAUUUGUGCCUGAAUGUGCACUUGUGUUGUGUGUGUAUGUGUGUGGGGGGGUAAGUGGAUUUUGUGUUGCUCAGCCUGGGGGAUGCUGCUGUCCGUGUAACCCCUGCCAGCUGCACUGUGGAUGUUUGUUUCAAAGGCAGAUGUUCUGUCACUGAGGAGUUCUGAACCAUGCAAUAGCAGAGAAUCUGUCAGACCUCUAUUAAAGAACAUGAAGGAUUUUUUUUUUCAA